GUAACAUCGGACGCGGGACUGACCAGUACCUGCCUUGGUGAGUCACGGGUGAGGGGCACGUCAUUAAUUUUCAUCUUAUCCUCCGCACGAUCUCUCAACCCUAUCUUCUCCAACAUCCUCAAUUCACACAAUUGCAGCCAUCAUGAGAAGAGAAGAUAUCACUUAUAUGGGUGCCGGCCCUGCCGCCCUUCCGACCGACGUCCUGACCACCGCGGCCGAGGCUCUGUUGAACUACCAAGACACUGGCUUGGGUGUGGCAGAGCACAGCCAUCGCAGCGAGCUUGCUGCGAAUAUCCUCAACACCGCCAAGGCCGACCUCGCCAAUUUCCUCGAUAUUCCCUCCUCCUACGAGAUCCUGUUCAUGCAAGGUGGUGGCUCUGGGCAAUUUGGCGCAACCGUCUACAACAUCAUCUCCAUCUGGGUGGAGAAGCAGAGACAGAAGAUUCUGAAGGAGCAUGCUGGUAUCAGCGAGGAGAAUGCGUUGCAGGAGCUGCUCAAGAAGGUCGAAUCGGAACUGCGAUUCGACUACCUGGUCACUGGAUCAUGGUCACUGAAGGCUAGCCAGGAGGCUGCCCGCCUCAUUGGUCCCGAGUACGUCAACAUCGUUAGCGACUCGAGGACCCUCAACGAUGGCAAGUUCGGGAAGAUUGCGGACGAGUCGACCUGGUCCUUGAGCCCCAAAGCUGCUAUGGUCUACAUGUGCGACAACGAGACGGUCGAUGGUGUCGAAUUUCCCAGCUUUCCGAAGGUGCUGGAGCCUAAGGGAACGGACAACGACCCGCUUGUCAUCGGUGAUUUCUCGUCAAACAUCCUGUCCAGACGGAUCCCUGUCGAGAACUACUCUGUGAUCUUCUUCGGAGCUCAGAAGAACCUUGGUACCCCCGGUGUUACCGGAGUUAUCAUCAAGAAGGACCUCCUGCCUCCCGUGUCUCCUCCCGCCGCUCCCGCUCUUCUGCGCAAGCUCGGUCUGCCUAUUGCGCCCACCAUCCUCGACUAUUCCGUUAUCGCCAAGAACAACAGUCUCUACAACACCCUUCCCAUCUUCGAUGUGUACAUUGCCGGUCAAGUCCUGAAGAAGCUGCUCGCCGAGUACCCCAACAAGGUUGAUGGUCAGCAGGCCGUUGCUGAGAAGAAGGCAAACCUUCUCUACAAGACUCUCGAUGCGUAUCCCGAAGCAUACCGGGUCGUACCGGACAAGGCUGUCCGCUCACGGAUGAACGUCUGCUUCCGUGUGAUUAAGGGCGGCAAUGUCGACGAGGCCGAGAAGGCCUUCUUGAAGGGCGCCGUUGAGCGUGGCGUUACCGGUCUUAAGGGCCACAGAAGCGUCGGAGGUAUCCGUGCCUCAAACUACAACGCAAUUUCCGAGUCCGGCGUUGAGAAGCUUGCUGCUUACUUGCAAGAGUAUGCUACCGCGUAGGCAUUGAAGAAUACUAAAAGUGAUAUCUGCACAUAAAAGGCAGGUUGAGGUUCGAAUAGGCUAGGCGUUCUAUGGCUAAAAGGCUGGAUAUAAGGACUGAGCAUCCUCACUUACCUUGUUCCAUGGCUGUUCAACGGGCAACUACCUAAACCCCACAGUUCUCUCAGCCAAGUUUAAUAAUUCUUCAGUCUGCAUCCGCACUGAGUGAUGUUUGUCGCUGCUGCGAAGUGCUCAUGAUAAGCAGCUUGUUCUCCCAUAAAAAAU